AAAUCUAUUUCUUUUAACACGGAUGAAUCGGACAGUGUACAAUAUUCUUUUAAAUAUAAUUAGUCCGUUUUUAAAAAAACCAAAACAACAAGUUGGCGUCGAGGAGCGAGUGGUUAUAACAUUAAUGUACCUCGCUUAUGGAACACCUUUUGAGGUCAUAGCCUCGAUGCAUAAGUUAGGCAAAACAACAGUGCGGAAUAUCGUACUUGAAACGUGUGAAAUACUUUGGUUACAUCUGUCCCCGAUAUACCUUAGCGAGCCAAGUACCGCACAAUAUAAAGAUAUUGCUGCAGAUUUUUAAAACUGUGGAAUAUACCCAACUGUGUCGGAGCAAUUGACGGGAAGCAUAUAGCUAUUGUUCGUCCACAAAAUUCAGGCUCGUUAUUUUAUAACUAUAAAAAGUUUUAUAGUAUAGUUUUAAUGGCAUCCUGCGACGCUAGGUAUACGUUUACCUCUGCCAGCAUUGGUAGCUAUGGAGGACAAAGUGACGGAGGUGUCUUUCAGCAAUCUAAAUUUGGUAAAGCGCUCUUGGAAAACAAAUUGCCACUACCACCAAGAGCUCCAUUAUGGAAUGAAUCCUCAACAGAUUUUCCACAUUUUUUUGUGGCCGACGCAGCGUUUCCGUUGAAGGAAAACUUAAUGCGACCUUACCUCGGUGUACAGCUGCCACGAAACAAAGCAAUUUUCAAUUACCGGUUAUCGCGAGCUCGUAGAGUAAUCGAAAAUAGCUUUGGUAUUUUAACCGCUCGAUGGCGUGUUCUACGAAAGGUCAUAGACUUUAGCCCAAAGAACUGCGAAACAAUUGUGUUAACCUGCUUGGUUCUUCACAAUUUUGUAAUGUUGAAUGACCAUGAUCGUUGGUAUUGUCCAGAUACAUUUGUAGACACAGACACCGCAGACCAUGGAAUAUUGGAGGGAGAAUGGCGUGAAGAUUUAGAGAGUGUUGGAGGUGCAUUACAUUCAAUAAGUUCAACUCGACGCAAUGCAUCUUGUAUCGUAUUCCGUUACCAGAUUCCAGCAUAA